CUCAACUUGCAGUAUGUUUGCCAGUCGGUUGUGCAGCCAGACUUAUUUGCCAUUACUUUUGCCUCAUCCCUCUCAACCAUAAUUUUUCACUUCCUUAUCAAUCACGAUGAUUUAAUAGUUUUUAGUCAUUUUCUUAUUGGGUGCAUGCCUAUUAGUAAUUGGGAUAAGCAAUUUUGCAAAUGUGUUAAGUGCAGCGUUUGUUUGCAUCUCAUGACACACCACAGACCAACAAAUAUUCUUUACAUCAAUAACAUAGGAAUCACUAAAACAUGAAUUGUAUGUCCUCUUCUACACUAUAUUAGACCCAGCCUUUGGAACUUUGGUUUUCCGAUAUAUGACUACUAUAUUGUGAUCACUACAUCCGAUGGAUCUGGAUACUGAUUUUAAGCACAUUUUCUGUAAAUGUUAUAAUGUUGUAUUGCUACCACUGUAUCAUCAAAUGUAUUAUCUAAGUGAGUUUCAGAGAUAGUCAGAAUAUGAACCUUGUUUCUUAAGCUACAUAUGUUAACAUGGGCUAUUUUGAGCUCUGUUCUGUGAUGCUUUUCAUUGCUUUACUGGGAAGCUUAGCAGAAGUAGAUAUGCUCAUGUUAUUUAUGUUAGUGCAGGGGGAGCUGCACACAGUGGCCUUCCUACUAGGGCACACCACCUCAGUACAAACAGCAUAAAUCUGGUUCAUAGGCACAUGAUUGCUGCAUACAAUAGCUGUAGGAUCAGCAGAGGCAUUCAGGGCAGUUAGAGGGACAUAAAUUAGGUUACUUACAUUGUGUCUACCAACGCCCCUGGUAUAAUGUACAUUUGCUAAAGCAUUAUGACGACUCAGAGACACAAUGGUAGGGAUUAACGUAUUUGGGCUUGGGGCAUUGAUAAGUCAUUGUCUCAACGUAGCCUUAUAAUGCUGUGAAAGGAUCCAGGAACCCAAAUGAUUUGGUUGGAUCCCAUAUUCCUUAUAAAACGUGUUUUGUUUCCAAAAGGUAUCAAAAUUGUCAACAAAAUUAAACCCAUUGAGCUGCAAUAAUCACAUAGCCAGUUGUGAAGAGAAAGAAUCCUGCUAAAACGUUCAAUGCCACAUUGAGCGCUGGAGCUGUCUGCAAGCACAGCUCCAUGAGUGAGAUUUCCAACUGCUCAACUCCGCUCACAUGCUCUGACCCCCUCACAUUGACUAGGUACUGGUACCACCUGUAUAUAGCCUCGUUACUGUUACUUUAGCUUAUUUUAUUUUGUGUUUAUUUAUUUUUGCAAAUAUUUUCUUACUUUAAAACAAAUUCAACAUUGAUGGGUAAGGGCUUGUAAGUAAGCAUUUCACGGUAAGGUCUACACUUGUUGUAUUCGGCACAUUUGACAAAUAAAAUUAGAUUUGUGUGUGUUAGUGAUGCUGAAUUGUUUUUACAUAUCGGAAUAUUAUUUUUGACAAGAUAUCUUUUUGACAAUAUCACAGUAUUAUUUUUGCACUAAUUGGUUGUACCUGCACCAAAACUCCAGUAUUUUUCCUUCAUAGUUUGUUCUCCAUCUUCUUUUUAAAUAAGGAGCCAAUUUGUUUUCAGCACUUUUAUUUCCAUGAUUGACCAAAACAUUUUAUUAUGGCUCUCUCAUGUCCCAAUAUGUUUGGACUAUGGAAUCUCAAUAAAAUCACAUUAUUUAAUGGCAGGGCAUGUAGAAUCGCAAUACAUAUCAUAUCGGCACCUAAGUAUUGUGAUAAUAUUGUAUUGUGAGGACCCUGGCAAUUCCUAGCUUGUGUGUGUGUGUGUGUGUGAGAGAGAGAGAGAGCUUUUGUGUGUGUGUGUGUAGACCAACCUAUGAGGGGAGGGAGGAAAAGGGCAGUUGUUACAGCUGACUGGUGGCUAGCUGAUUGGGCGAUCUAUUAAAUGGGAUGUUCCUCUCUCUCUCUCUCUCUCACUCACUCACUCACUCACUCACUCACUCACUCACUCACUCACUCACUCACUCACUCACUCACUCACUCACUCACUCACUCACUCACUCACUCACUCACUCACUCACUCACUCACUCACUCACUCACUCACUCACUCUCUCUCUCAGGGUGAAACCAUCACCACAAACACUCCAGACAUGAGAAGGAGCAGGUGAAGAUGUCCCUGAAGAACACCAAAACAUGGUCCAGAGUACUUGUACCUGUGCUGCUGCUGUGCUGUGUGUCCUACUACUAUUCACAUUUCUUCCUUCAGAGUAGUGAAAGGGCUUUCAGUCAGGCCCUCUGUGACAGCUGGAAUAUCUCUCAGAAGUGGGAGAGACUCAACUUCAAGGUGAAACCAUCACCACAAACACUCCAGACAUGAGAAGGAGCAGGUGAAGAUGUCCCUGAAGAACACCAAAACAUGGUCCAGAGUACUUGUACCUGUGCUGCUGCUGUGCUGUGUGUCCUACUACUAUUCACAUUUCUUCCUUCAGAGUAGUGAAAGGGCUUUCAGUCAGGCCCUCUGUGACAGCUGGAAUAUCUCUCAGAAGUGGGAGAGACUCAACUUCAAUGUGAGCAGGAAUGCUCAACUUUUCUUGAAGCUGGAGGAUUUCUUCUGGCGACGCUACUUGUCCACGUUAGCCUUGCCUUAUGGUGUUAAGGGCAGUGAGCUUUUUCUCAUGAAAGCAUUGGCAGCCAUGGCUAGCUAUGACAUGCCUGAGACGAUAAAACAUUUGCCUUGCAAAACCUGCAUGGUGGUUGGAAAUGGGUUCGCGAUCAAGAACACCUCGUUAGGAAGUGCCAUUAACAAGUAUGACAUAGUGAUCAGAUUGAAUGAUGCACCAGUUCGGGGGUAUGAGGCCGACGUGGGGAACAAGACUACCAUGCGCCUCUUCUACCCUGAGUCGGCUUCCUACAACCCCAACAUCCACAAUGACCCUGACACCCUCAUGGUCCUCGUGCCUUUCAAGCAGCAGGACGUGCGCUGGCUCAAAGAGAUCCUGUACAAUGAGAAGAGGAUCAGAAAGGGCUUCUGGAAACCCCCUCCUGAGAUCUGGUUGGGUAAAACCAGCCACAUCCGCAUCCUGGACCCCUACUUCCUGCAGCAAACUGCCAGCCGCCUGCUCCGCUUGCCUCUCAACACACCUCCAAAGACCAACCAGAUCCCAGCGCACCCUACAACUGGCAUUCUGGCCAUCUACGUGGCCCUUAACUACUGUGACGUGAUCCACAUCGCUGGAUUUGGCUACCCAGAGUCUAAAGACCUGAAGCACCCCAUUCACUACUAUGGCUAUGACACCAUGAAGUCUAUGAAGAAUUCGUACCACAACCUCUCCCAUGAGGUGAAAGCUCUGAAGCGACUAGAGGACUCUGGUGCUGUUGUAUACCUACACCCUCACUCCUGACCAAUGCAACACUAAGAGUAGUGCACAAGUGAAUGAUACAAUUGUAUAUAAUAUAUUAUAAACUGGGUGGUUCGAGCCCGGCUGACAGCCGUGGUAUAAAAUUAGCAUACAUUUCCAUACAUUUCCAUAUGGGUGGCCCCAGCGGGAAUCAAACACACGAUCCAGACUACUGAGCUACACAGGACCACAGUGAAGGAAGAUAGUUGGGACACUGAAAAAGGACUAUCCUUUCCUACACACCUUUAUCACAAUCUGAUAAACAUCCAGUGUGUUUUAGGGAUUAACAUGGGUAUCCGGGAUCUUGGGACUGUCCCAGGAGCACUCUUCACACAGUAGCAGUGGGUGGGGAAAAUCACUGGGGGAGCCAAGGCAGGAGAAAAAAGCCAUAUUACAACUUACAAUUGAAGUCGGAAGUUUACAUACACCUUAGCCAAAUACAUUUAAACUCAGUUUUUCACAAUUCCUGAGAUUUAAUCGGAGUAAAUAUUCCCUGCUUUAGGUCAGUUAGGAUCACCACUUCAUUUUAAGAAUGUGAAAUGUCAGAAUAAUAGUAGAGAGAAUGAUUUAUUCCAGCUUUUAUUUCUUUCAUCACAUUCCAAGUGGGUCAGAAGUUUACAUACGCUCAAUUAGUACUUGGUAGCAUUGCCUUUAAAUUGUUUAACUUGGGUCAAACAUUUUGGGUAGCCUUCCACAAUCUUCCCACAAUAAGUUGGGUGAAUCUUGGCCCAUUCCUCCUGACAGAGCUGGUGUAACUGAGUCAGGUUUGUAGGCCUCCUUGCUCGCACACGCUUUUUCAGUUCUGCCCACAAAUUUUCUAUAGGAUUGAGGUCAGGGCUUUGUGAUGGCCACUCCAAUACCAUGACUUUGUUGUCCUUAAGCCACAACUUUGGAAGUCUGCUUGGGGUCAUUGUCCAUUUGGAAGAUCCAUUUGCGACCAAGCUUUAACUUCCUGACUGACCUCCUGAGAUGUUGCUUCAAUAUAUCCACAUAAUUUUCUCUCCUCAUGAUGCUAUCUAUUUUGUGACGUGCACCAGUCCCUCCUGCAGCAUGAUGCUGCCACCCUUGUGCUUCACGGUUGGGAUGGUGUUCUUCGGCUUGCAAGCCUCCCCCUUUUUCCUUCAAACAUAACGAUGGUCAUUAUGGCCAAACAGUUCUAUUUUUGUUUCAUCAGACCAGAGGACAUUUCUCCAAAAAGAACAGUCUUUGUCCCCAUGUGCAGUUGCAAACUGUAGCUUUCUUAUAGCGGUUUUGGAGCAGUGGCUUCUUCAUUGCUGAGCAGCCUUUCAGGUUAUGUCGAUAUAGGACUCGUUUUACUGUGGAUAUAGAUACUUUUGUACCUGUUUCCUCCAGCAUCUUCACAAGGUCCUUGGCUGUUGUUCUGGGAUUGAUUUGCACUUUUCGCACCAAAGUACAUUAAUCUCUAGGAGACAGAACGUGUCUUCUUCCUGUGAGGUAUGGCGGCUACGUGGUACCUUCAGGCGUUUGGAAAUUGCUCCCAAGGAUGAACCAGACUUGUGGAGGUCUACAAUUUAUUUUCUGAGCACUUGGCUGAUUUCUUUUGAUUUUCCCAUGAUGUCAAGCAAAGAGGCACUGAGUUUGAAGUUAGACCUUGAAAUACAUCCACAGGUACACCUCCAAUUGACUCAAAUGAUGUCAAUUAGCCUAUCAGAAGCUUCUAAAGCCAUGACAUAAUUUUCUGGAAUUUUCCAAGCUGUUUAAAGGCACAGUCAACUUAGUGUUUUUAAACUUCUGACCCACUGGAAUUGUGAUACAAUGAAUUCUAAGUGAAAUAAUCUGUCUGUAAACAAUUGUUGGAAAAAUUACUUGUGUCAUGCACAAAGUACAUUUCCUAACCGACUUGCCAAAACUAUAGUUUAUGAAAAAAAAAAUUGUGGAGUGGUUGAAAAACGAGUUUUAAUGACUCCAACCUAAGUGUAUGUAAACUUCCGACUUGUGUGUUGUUGUAAUUGCGGUGUUGUCUCUAUAAAGUUAGUUCAUUUGCCUUGCCACUGUGAUAUAUAGGCCUAAGGCCGAGACAAUAAGAAGACACAGUGGCAGAAUAAAUUCAACCACAUUUGUUUUUCAUCACAAAACCAGAGAGCAACAUCUGUCCGGUGAAGUCCACAAAGCAUAUUGCAUGUAACAAACCGUUACAUGACCUACAGCAUGGUUAAUCAAGUUAAUGCUUCCAACAUUUUUGGACUACUAAAAAGCUAUUGAUUUAGAACACCGGAGAGUUAACGCAAGUUGCAAAGAAACAGGAACUGCCUCCACCAUUCCAGGACCAUUUUAACUUCAACAUCGUCAAAUCACCUCUGCUUAGUCUAAUACAGUGCCAACUAAAAGAUUCCAAAAACGAUUUAGUCCAAUCAACAUAAGAUAAAUAUCAUGUGGUUGUCCAUGGUACUGAUUUUUGUGUGUGUGUGUGUAAGUUGAAAAAACAUGUUGACUCACCCUACUUGUAGAGAAAUGCCAAUGCCAUCCUCCUCUCUUCAUGUUGACUUACAGUACUUACUUUUAGUUUUGUUAUCCUAGGCUACCUGGCUAAAAUGCUUGCUCGCUAGCCUAACUUCAUGGGCAACGAUUAGCCAGCUAAUUAACAUUUGCCUACCUAGCUACAUAUUGAACUUCCAUCCUCUCAGGCCAGAUGCACAAUGUAUGAACUUAUGGUUGGAUCAGAUUCAUCUUCAUAAUCAUUGGCCAGUACUAAAAUGACUAGAACAUGAUUAUCUUAUAUUCUGAUAACAUGGCAACCAUGUUCUGUGUAUGUUUGAUGGGAUGUUGAUGGAAUAUUUACCUAACCCACAAAAAACUGGACACAUUAAUGUUUUUGCCAUGUUCUCAUAAAACUGCAACAGAUUUCCAACACAUUCCUCCCUAUCCUGUAGGUGACCUUUGCACAGAGCAUCUUUUCACUCUGGAAACCUUUGUCCUAUUUUGAAAUUAAAGAACAUUUAUUUAGGCCUGGAUUCAAUCCCUAUCGUCGAAGAUCCGUGUUAAAAUGUAAAGGUAGACUAAGUUCCGAUUGAGCCAACGUAUAUGCAGCUUUUACCGUGAAUGCAGUCUCCCGGACCACAGAAACAUUGCCUUUAAUUCUCAAUCACUAUAAAGCGGAUUUUCAGCUCUACAGAUUGAAUAGAGCCGUUAAUUCAUUAAUUCACAUGGUAGAGUAUAGAGUAGGGAAAUUAUGCGACAAUAUAAGAUAUUAAUUUUAGAAAAUAUACAAUAGCUGAAAAGUGGCUGUCACAUUGAUGACACAGACUGUCUGGAAGUUGGUAGUGCCACCAGACCUGAUUCGAGGUGGACCUUUUUGGCUGUGGUGGUUGCCAGAUAUUUGGCACUACAGCAGGGCGUGUUGGUCUCAUAGAUGCUGUGGAAGCUGUUGUAGUUCACCUCAUAGAAGCCCUUAUCCAGGGAGAGGACUGGUGUGAAGCGAUACCCCCACAGCACCUCAGUGUCCAAAUAGGAGCUUCGAGCUUGACACAUCAUUCCUGUAAAAGAUUGGAGAGAUUCAUUAGAUUCCUUUUUUUGCACUUCAAAAGCAUACGAAAAACAUCUUAAAGACAAACACAAACAAUGCCUGCAUCUCAUCUGCUCAUACCCGCAUGCUCACACCCCCAACCUUAGUGCCUGCAUCUCAUCUGCUCAUACCCGCAUGCUCACACCCCCAACCUUAGUGCCUGCAUCUCAUCUGCUCAUACCCGCAUGCUCACACCCCCAACCUUAGUGCCUGCAUCUCAUCUGCUCAUACCCGCAUGCUCACACCCCCAACCUUAGUGCCUGCAUCUCAUCUGCUCAUACCCGCAUGCUCACACCCCCAACCUUAGUGCCUGCAUCUCAUCUGCUCAUACCCGCAUGCUCACACCCCCAACCUUAGUGCCUGCAUCUCAUCUGCUCAUACCCACAUGCUCACACCCCCAACCUUAGUGCCUGCAUUACUGUUUGCCGCUUUGCCUUAAAUUGUACCAAUUUGUUUUUUUCUCGGUUGCCCAUCCUAUUUCAAUAAUAAAACAUUUUCCAUUGUGUCAA